AUGAAUCCGAUGAUGAAAGACCCUGCGGCCGGUAUCCCGCCGCAGCUGCUACCUCAUCUGCACUUGGUGUCCAAAUAUCGCUACCCGAUCACGAGCAAUCCCGCAGUCGAUACAAUUGUUGGAUACCUCCUGGAAGCGCCCAAGAUUGUGCGCGAUCUACAGCCCAUGCAAUGGCAAUUUAUCGACACUCCGCCGGACGGCACAUUGAUCCUCGAGUGGCAGCCGCUCGAAUACCUGGGUACAAGCUACGCGAGUGAUGGUUUCAUUUGGGCAGAUGUGGAACAUGUGUACAAAUCCGAAGUUCGGGGAUAUACUUUGGAAAUGUUUCUGCAGAGAGCUGGCUUUCGAGCCACGGGCGAAAUCAUGGCCACACACAGCAGAAGACGCUAUCGGCUGCUUCCUGGAAACCCAGCCCAUGGCCUCCCAAGUCCCGAUCCCAGCUUAUGGCUGACUCACUACUCAAAAGCCUCGCCGCGCGACCACGUCCCCGCCUCCAAUAUCCCGAUCAUGCCUCAUGUUCAUGCACUACUCCAACAGCGUCGCAUGAUCCAGAGUCAAGGUCAACUGCCUCGAAAAGAGUUCAUGCUGCACGACCGAUCAAAUUGGCCCACGAUGCACUUACCUCCGGGAGUGGCGAGGGGACCCGCCCCAGGGCAAGUUCCUCCAGGCGUUGGUCACAGAAGAGGCGCGAGCAUUACCCAAGACACAACAGUGGAGGAAGAAGAAGACGUCUCUCGGGGUGACUUGCUUGAUUUUAUGGCCCCCAGAGAUAUCAGUCGGGUCCGCUACGAGCAACACCAUGACUGGAUGGAGGAGAUAAUUGAGUCGCCAUAUCCCACCCUCUCCAUCAUCCCUAGUGACUUGGGGUUUGGACGGAAGGGCCCGUUGGAGGAAUUGACCAAAGAUUUCUUCGAUGCUCCUGUCUCGGCUGUGAGCGAGCCAAGUAAUGGACCGCUGCCACGAGUUGGUAAAAUGGCUGCUGGGCGAGCUGAUGACUUCAUCAAGCGCGCUUCUGAAAAACUCGCCAAAAUGCAAGAGGAACUGGAAGAAAUGAGGAACAGACACGCCCGGAGGAUGGAAAAAUUGCGUCGGUCGACGACAUUGGCAACUGCUGAAAAGAAGCUGCGAACAGUAUCGGAUGUGGCAGAGAGACCAAGUAUCUCGAAAGACAGUACCAAUGGUGAUGCCGACACCGCCCCGCGUGACGCGAUUGACGACAUCAUGGAAACAGUAGAGUCGGAUAUAGGCCAAAAGCUGACAAGGACCAACACCGUGACACUUGUUUCAAGAGGAGGCUUGGAGGAGCGAAACAAAGUUGCUGCUGUGCCAGCCCAGCCUCCAGCCCCAGCCGUUGCUUCGCCGCAGAAAGCCAUCCACGCUCUUCCCAUUGCAGAGAUUGCCAGUACCCAACAACCGUCACAGCCUCAGCCCGCCGCGACUCCCGUCGAAGAGCCAAAGCAAGAGCCGCAGGAGGCCUCUGUGGCUAGCGGCGAGCAACAAACCCACGCGACUGCAGAACCGUUACCUACCCCGCCUGAAGCCCCAACGACACAGUCUGCAGACGCGGAGCAGCAGCCUGAAGCAGAUACCAACGAGCAAGCCGAAGAUCUACCGCAAUUGGACGACAUUGUCACAGAUGUGAACAUGGAUGGUAUGGAUGACCAAGUCGACAACGUCAAUCAAGACGGCGACGAAUGGGUCAUGAUUGGGGAAGACGGGGAUCAAAACGCCAUGGAGAUUCCAGAACUGCCAGAUGACGGUCAACCAGAGGAAAGUCAAGCCGUGGCGGACGGGACUGGAGACCAGUCUAAUGCUGAGGGGACAAAUGAGGGACAGCAAGCUCAGGCGCAGCCACCUCCGGAUGGAGCGCUGAACACUCCUGAUUUUGGUAUGGGCGGGGAUUUUGAUAAUGUGGAAGUGGACACGGCGGGGGAUGCGCUUGCAAGUUAUGACAACGACGACGACGACGACCUGAACUUGGAUGGGAUGGAGGGCUCUGCCUUUGGAGACGCCUUCCAUCCCGAGGACGACGAGGAGAUGUCGUAG